AAAACGCCUCACAGAAACACCCCUCGGAUCCACACCCUUGUUCCCAUUUCAAAUCUGGAUCCUAUAUAUAACACCACCCGAAAAAACCAACCCACACAGUAAUCACCCAAACUACACAUAAUCUCUUUUUUUCUCGAUUGUGAUUAGCGAUAACAAUGUCAGGGCGUGGAAAAGGAGGCAAGGGAUUAGGAAAGGGAGGAGCAAAACGACACCGUAAGGUGCUGCGCGACAACAUCCAGGGCAUAACCAAGCCGGCGAUUCGGCGUUUGGCGCGUAGGGGCGGCGUGAAGCGUAUCAGCGGCCUUAUCUAUGAGGAGACACGCGGCGUGCUCAAGAUCUUUCUCGAGAAUGUGAUCCGGGAUGCUGUUACGUACACUGAGCACGCGAGGAGGAAGACGGUUACGGCGAUGGAUGUGGUGUACGCGCUCAAGAGGCAGGGGAGGACUCUGUAUGGAUUUGGGGGUUAGGGUUUGGUUGUUGAAUUUGAUUUUGUUGUUUGGUUCUAGCUGUUUUGUGUUGGUGUUGAUGGAAUGGGAAUUGGAAAGUCUUGCUGUCAAGAAAAAUGAAUGGCUAGGAUUGGGUGAGAAUAGGUUAAUAUGCAUUGCAAUUAUGUAAUCUAAUUACCAUUGUAAUGGAAAUUUUAAGAACCAUA